GGUUAAAAGAAGCAAGGACAUGUUGCGGGGGGAACCUUUUUUUUGGGGUAACACUAACCCUGCUUGUACUGCCAGGAAUGUGUCGAGUCGAUUCUACCAGGAUUUAGGAUCGAGUUCCCUCGAUGCCGAGAAGAAUGCCCGAUCACUGUAUUCAUGUGGCCCCAGGGCGGUUUAACUGCCGAUACUCAAGCCUCUCAGGUUAGCGAAGGUCCUGCAGAGCGUGUGACGGGGUAACCAAGAUAAUUCUCCGCAUUUUGUGGGGAACCCCGUGCGACGAUCUUUGGGAUGUGGAGACCUCAAUUUGAAAGAUGACAGUGACCUGUCCACUCAGCGCUGCUGGAAAUUCCCUCCCUCAUCCCGGCUUUUCCUUGUCGGUCAUGAUUGGGAAGUUUAUCACGUCACGACCAAGCUUCUGACAUGCUAAUUCCCUACUAGUAGUAGGUCCUCCUAAGCUAAUGAUGGUACAUUCCUUCGGCCAAACUUCGGGGAAGCCCUAGAUAAAGCACGGGAUAUGGUCCGAUCUUCAGGUACCGACGGAUUGAAACAUCAAUCGGUGUGCUCCGUACUGUCAGCAGUCUCCGGUAUGUCCGAGCCAGCUACAUAUAUAAAGUCACCAAGCCCACAGCAGAGGAAAAUGUCUCCGUGAACCACAACCACACCCAGCCAGUAUGCCUUCACUUCGUCGGCUUCUGCCUUUUCUUACUGCGGGCUCUGCUGCUCUAGCAAGCCAAGAUGCGUUCCAAGACAAGUGUACUAGUUUUGCAGACAAAAUCAACCUGCCUAAUGUGCAGGUGAAUUUUGUCAAUUAUGUGCCUGGAGGCACCAAUCUUUCUUUACCAGAUAAUCCAACCAGUUGCAACACAGCUUCUCAAGUAGUGUCCGAGGAUGUCUGCCGCAUUGCCAUGGCUGUCGCAACCUCGAACAGCAGCGAAAUCACUUUGGAAGCGUGGCUCCCAAGAAAUUAUACCGGUCGCUUCCUGAGUACGGGCAACGGAGGUCUUUCAGGCUGUAUUCAGUACUAUGAUCUAGCGUACACCUCCGGCCUAGGCUUUGCCACGGUCGGUGCUAACAGCGGCCAUAACGGAACAUCCGGAGAGCCUUUUUAUCACCACCCCGAGGUCCUCGAAGACUUUGUACAUCGUUCAGUCCACACUGGUGUCGUGGUUGGCAAGCAAUUGACAAAGCUCUUCUACGAGGAAGGGUUCAAGAAGUCGUACUACCUUGGUUGCUCCACUGGUGGCCGGCAGGGCUUCAAAUCCGUUCAGCAAUACCCCAAUGACUUCGACGGUGUUGUGGCCGGUGCACCGGCAUUCAAUAUGAUCAACCUCAUGUCAUGGAGUGCCCACUUCUACCCAAUCACGGGGCCAGUUGGGUCAGACACAUACCUAUCCCCUGACCUGUGGAACAUUACGCAUAAGGAGAUCCUGCGUCAAUGCGAUGGCAUCGAUGGAGCAGAGGACGGCAUUAUCGAAGACCCGAGCCUUUGCAGCCCGGUUCUUGAAGCGAUCAUCUGCAAGCCCGGUCAAAACACCACCGAGUGUCUAACUGGCAAGCAAGCCCACACCGUUCGCGAGAUUUUCUCCCCGCUUUACGGAGUGAACGGUACCUUGCUUUAUCCCCGCAUGCAGCCUGGCUCUGAGGUGAUGGCUUCUUCCAUGAUGUACAAUGGCCAGCCUUUCAAGUAUAGCACGGACUGGUACCGCUAUGUUGUCUACGAAAACCCCAACUGGGAUGGCACCAAGUUCACAGUCCGCGACGCAGCCGUCGCUUUGAAGCAGAACCCAUUCAACCUCCAGACCUGGGACGCAGACAUCUCCGCUUUCCGCAAGGCAGGCGGCAAGGUCCUCACCUACCAUGGGCUCAUGGAUCAGCUCAUCAGCUCGGAGAACUCCAAGCUUUAUUAUGCGCGCGUCGCGGAAACCAUGAACAUGCGUCCGGAACAACUGGACGAGUUCUACCGCUUCUUCCAGAUCAGUGGAAUGGCCCAUUGCAGCGGAGGUGAUGGAGCGUACGGCAUUGGAAACCAGCUCGUAACCUAUAACAAUGCCAAUCCUGAGAACAACGUUCUCAUGGCUAUGGUGCAGUGGGUGGAGGAGGGCAUCGCCCCGGAGACCAUCCGUGGCGCUAAGUUUAGCAAUGGCACAGGUUCGGCCGUGGAGUAUACUCGCAAGCACUGCCGCUACCCUCGCAGGAAUGUAUACAAGGGACCAGGGAACUACACUGAUGAGAACGCCUGGCAGUGCGUUUAGAUUGUUGAAGUGUUGUACAUAUAUAUAUAUAUAUUUAUAGAGGCAAGAUUUUUGUAUGUCUUGAUAA